AUGUCCAAAGUCCCACAAUUGAAGGCCGAUCUAGAUAAGAUCCAAACCGGUUAUGGUCUAAUGUCCUUAACUUGGAAAGCUGAACCCACUCCACUUGAAGUUGCAUUUGAAUCCAUGCAUAAAGUGAUUGAAUUUGCCCAAAAACAAAAUUGUAAAGCCUUCUUCAAUGUCGGUGAAUUCUAUGGUCCAAAUAAGAUCAAUCUAAUUUACGUUAAAGAAUUUUUUGAAAAAUAUCCAGAAUUGAGAUCUCAAGUUAUUGUCUCUUGCAAAGGUGGUAUCGACGAGGUCUCUUUGGUUGCAAAAGGUUCAUACGACGAUGUUAUCUCUAGUGUAAGAGAUUCUGUUGAUGCAAUUGGUGGUGUUAUUGAUAUCUUUGAAGUCGCUAGACUAGAUAAAACAAUCUGUAAAGAAGGUGAAGUUUAUCCAUACGAAUCCUUCAAAGCUCUUUCUGAAUUGGUCGAAGAAGGUAUAAUUAGUGGUAUUUCAUUGAGUGAAGUCACUGCUGAAGAAAUUCAAGCCAUUGCUAAGGAUUGGGGUAAAUAUUUGACCUGUGUUGAAGUUGAAUUGUCUUUAUUUAGUACUGAUAUUCUUCAUAACAACGUCGCCAAAGUCAAUAAUGAUCUUGGCUUAGUCACAAUCUGCUAUUCUCCAUUAGGUAGAGGUCUAUUGACUGGUAACAUCAAAUCGUUAAAGGAUAUCCCAGCAGGUGACUUCCGUUUGGCUUUGAAAAGAUUUCAAGGUGAUUCCUUAAAACAAAACUUUGAAUUGAUUGACUUUUUGCAAAAUGAAGUUGUCGAUAAGAGAGAUGCUUCAAACAAGUUAACCCUAGCACAAUUAGCUCUAGGUUGGAUCAAACGUUGGUCCUUCUCUGCUGAUUAUCCAAAAGGUAAAUUCAUUCCAAUUCCAAGUGGUUCUACAGUGAACAGAGUAACUGAAAACUUCGAUGAAUCUAAGACUAAGAUUACAGAUGCCGAGUUUACUAAGAUCAAUGAAUUUUUGAAGACUUUCGUCACUGCUGGUGGAAGAUACGAAACAGGAAAUUAA